AUGGUGCGGCAGAUCGAAAGCAAGGAAGAUUUUAAGUCAGCCUUGGAGGAUGCUGAAGAUAAACAUGUAGUAAUUGAUUUCUCAGCCACAUGGUGUGGGCCUUGCAAAAUAAUCAAGCCUUUUUUCUAUUCCCUCUCUGAAAAGUAUAGCAAGGUGGUGUUCCUUGAAGUAGAUGUGGAUGACUGUCAGGAUGUUGCUGCAGAUUGUGAAGUCAAAUGCAUGCCAACAUUUCAGUUUUAUAAAAAGGGACAAAAGGUGGGUGAAUUUUCUGGCACUAAUAAGGAAAAGCUUGAAGCCACCAUUAAUGAAUUAAGCUAAU